GAAAAUUGUUCUUUUGGGGAGCUCAUUCACUCCAUAUCAUAUGAUUAGGGAUUUCUCUUUUGUCGUUUACUUUUUUUCUCUUCCCAAAAAUUGAAACCCAGAAUCCCGACUGCUUUUUUUCAGUAUUAGGAACUUUGCAUUCUGUCUCCAUUUCAUUUUAUCGUUUUUUAUUUAUUUUUCCCGAUUUUGAACCCCUGAUUUUCGUGGUUGCCUGCUCAACUUUUCUCUAGUUUGAAAGGGUUUCAUUUUUAAUUUUAUAGUUGCAGUCGGCUUUCAGAUAUUGACCUGAGUUUGUUCAUUUGCUGUCAAAAAGAGAGAGGUGAACUUGGUCUAUAGUUGUAUGCAUCUGUAAGGCAUAAAUCCGAAUGACGAAGCAACCGAAGAAGAAGAAGAGAUCAAGGGUUUCCAAAACCGGCAAUGCUGAAAAUCAUCCGAAAAAUGGUGAUGACAAUGAACAAAGGGUUCUGAAACAUUUGGUAGAUGCUUUUGGUUCUGUGUCGGUGAAGGAAGCUGCUUUGGCUUAUGCAGAAGCUAACAGCGACCCGAACAAGGCUGCAGAAAUUAUCCUCACAAAGAGUGUGGCACAGGAACCCGAUCAGAUCACCACGUGCUCAAGUUCUAGUGGGUAUUGUGAUGUGGGUUCGAGCUCUAGCUCCACUGUAUCGGAGGUGUUAGGUGAUCCAAGUAAUUUUGUUCAAGAUGGGUUUAAGCAGAAGGGUAAACCCAAAUCAAAGAAGGUUAUUGCUUCUGCAGGCACUGUGUCAACAGUGUUGGGAAAAGAUUAUGUGAGGUCUAUCCCAAAGAAGGGCUCCUCUAAGUUGAAUGGGUUUCACGAGGAGAGAUGGUGCAAGGAUGAAGCUGAACAGUUCUUGUGUUCGAUGCUUGGAGAUGAUAGUGAAUUAAGUUUGGCUGUAGUUAGUGAUGUACUAAGUCAGUGUGGAUAUAACAUUGAUAAGGCGUUAGAUGUAUUGCUUGAAAUGUCAACAUCUUCAAGGGAGCAAGCCAUUAGCUACUACGAGUCUUCUAACGGAGAAGAUCAGCACCUUCUUGAAUCAAGCAAUGAUCUAGUCAAUAGAACAUCUGACUCAACCAACAAUAUCUGGUCGACAGGAAACCUUUUCAGGAAUCUUUCAAAUAUUUCCGAAUCCCAUGAAAACCACAAUUCAACUGAGACAGGAAGCAUGGUUUCAGAACUUCCUCAGAAAGUGUUGGAAUCUUUGUUUAAUAUGCCCACUCCAAAGACUGCCGAACAUGAACCCACUGCAAUGAACUGGAGAAAUGUUGUUAAGAAAAUGACAUCCCUUGGUCAAAGAAUUCCGCCUCAAGACAGUGAACAACAGCAGCAGCUUAUCAAUGCUAAAGGAGAUGAGUAUCGUGUACUCAGAGAAUCUGCCCAGCAACACUGGAAUUCAAUGAAAUCAUACUAUCAGAAGGCUGUGACAGCAUUUACAAGUGGGGAAAAGGAAUUUGCAUCAUAUCUUUCUGAUCAGGGAAGAUUACAAAACAAAAUGGCUCGAGAGGCAGACGAAAAGGCUAGUCAGGAUAUAUUUACUGCUAGAAACAAGAGUAUCGAAAACAUGAUAACUAUCGAUCUGCAUGGGCAACAUAUUAAACCGGGAAUGAAACUUUUGAAGCUCCACCUUCUCUUUGGAGCAUGUGUGCGAUCUGUGAGGUCAUUCAGGGUUAUAACUGGAUGUGGGAGCCAUGGUGUUGGCAAGUCCAAGCUGAAAAACUCGGUGAUUGAUCUUCUGAAGAAAGAAGGCAUUAAAUGGUCUGAAGAGAACAGAGGAACACUGCUCAUAAAACUCGAGGGACAGACCAAUUUUAGCUUCCUAGAUUCUGGUAGCGACAGUGAUUGACCAAUUGCAUCGUAUGAUUUAGCCAUUUUUUAGCCUUGCAAGGAUUUGUUACCAAGAAAUUUCAUCAGCUGAAGAUUAUUGUAUAUCUUAGAGAAUGAGCAUUUGUCUCGUUGAGGUAGAUUUCAUAUUAUGGAGGUAACACAAAUUAGAACCAUGUUGUCUUGUAUAUUUUACUCGUGAGAUUGUCACGUGUUAACGUUAUUACAUGUAAUCAUAUGCAUGUUUAACUUGUCACAGGUCCAAGUGGACGCUUUCAGUUUUUUUUUGGCUCGUCUUGUUUGAGUUUAUGAGAAAAUAACAUUAGGUGUUUCAGUGUUUUUCUGAUUGUCUUGUUUGAGUUUA